AUGCCUCAAUCGGAUUCAGCAGGAUUUAAUCCCGAUCAAUUGAUUUCCAACCUUCAAUUGUUAACUAACAUCGGUCAAUUAUUAGAAAUUGAUUGUUCACAAAUGGAUAAUGGGGAAAUCUUCUUAAAGAAGCUUCGUAAAUUACAAAACAGCUAUUACACAACGCAGAAUCGUUUAGAUACAUUCGAAGUCAUCGUCCCAACGAUUCAACAGAACUACAUCGAAAUUUCCAGUGCAGCGAAAAUUUUAAAUGAAAAACAACAGAAAAUCACGAAUAUUCAGAAUGCCAAAUUUGAUGAAUAUGAAUCGAAUCGAAUGAGCACGAUGGCAGAGAUGAAAUUUGUUCAAAAUAAGUUACAAUCAUUCGAUAUCAAUGCCAAACCAGCAGUUACGCAUACAGAAGUUGAGCAAUUACAAAAAGAUGUGGAUAACACACGUUGUGAAUACGAAAUUCUCAAACAACAAAUUUCACAUUGGCUGCCAUGUGAUGAACCAACAAUUGAUAGUUUAACAUUGAAAGUCGAAAGUGUUCGCGAUGAACUCAGAUCGAUUGAAGAUGAAAUCUCCAUAUAUGCAUCAUCGGAAACCAUUUCCGGUGGAGAUGACGAUCAAUUCGCAUCGAAUGCAUCGUAUCGAAUGAUGAAUACGAAUGUUGAUUCAAUGAUUGAUUAUUUGAGUGAUGAUGAAUCGGAUUCGGAAAUGCCUGCUGGAUGCAAUCUGAAUGUUUCAAAUCCCGUUCGGCAAGUGAUCUGUCAAAUGCUUGAUAAUUACCUAAAUGAGGGGAAAAGCAAUGAAGAAAUCGAGUUUCCGUCAUCGUUAUUUUGUUACGAACGGGUAUUCGUUCGUCAGCAAGCACAACAACGAAAUCUUAUUUGCCGGACUUUAGGACGUGGAGCAUCACGCGUAAUCGCCGUUUCGAAAUCACCGAAUGAGUUAAUUUCGAAUAAUUCCAACAUCACACCGAAACAAUUAACUUUAUCUCUGGAUAAUCCUCAGCUAACACAAGAUGUGCAAGUUUACCUUCAAUCUUGUCCGAUUUCCAUCGAAGACAAUGAUCUACUCCAAGCGAAGAUUCAAAAAACACCAAGCUCUCUCAAUGAUUGGUAUUAUUGUACAUUAUUACGAUCUGGCAAUCCUUUGUUUCAAUCAGCCGAUAUCAAGCCACGUGUACCUGACCAGCGAUUACUUUCUCCUGAAAGUUCGAUUCAAUUCUUGCCAAUUGACAAAACUUCAACGCGAGAAAGUCUUCUUCAUUUGAUCGAGAAUAAUAAAAUGCUUUUUAUCAGCGGUCCACCAUCGAUUGGCAAAUCAAUUCGAAUCUGUCAAUAUUUGCAUGACGGUCAUCUCGACAAACAAUGGCCCAUUCGCAUUCUUCAUAGUUGUACAAGCAGUUUAUCCGCGUAUGCAUUAUCCUCAUUCAUCAAAUCCAGCGAUUGCCUUACCUUUGAUAACAUGUCAUCAACGAGUGGUGUUUCAUCGUUAAUUACUAUUACAACUCAUGAACUUCUCCUACGAACAUUGAUUUGUGGUGAUCAUUUACUGAAAUCGUCAAUAACACAUUUGAUUGUUGAUGAUGUUCAUAAACGAUCGCAUACACUUGACAUGAUCUUGGCAUAUUUGAAAGAUUCGCAGCAUAAAUUUCGACAUUUGAAGAUUAUUUUUCUUCAGACAACGAUACAAUAUGAUACGUUGGUCAAGUAUUUCGGAAAUGUGGCGACUUACACAAUUGAUACAAAUGAGACGACGAAUGAAAAGAUUGACGAAAUCUUUCUCGAAAGAAUUGUAAUUGACAUCGAACGAAUGGAUCAAAACAAAUGUUUCUCCAUUGCAACUUAUGGUACACAAUUGCUUGACUACUGGCGCCGUUCCGCAGAACAAUCGUCAGUUCAUCAUCGAAUCUCCUCGUCGAUCAUUUGUGAGCCAUGUCAAAAUAUCUAUUCAUUAUUAGAACAACACAUGACAACAACUGAACGUUAUUUGAACGAUCUAAUUGGUCGAUGUUUUGUGAAUGGAUUAAUCGAAGAUUUUCAACAAUUGAUCAACUUUCUCAAUCAACAUUCAGAUAAAUAUAAUUAUCAACAUCCACUGACACUCGUUAGUCCAUUGAUGUGCUUAGCAAUGUGGAGUAUGAAAUCGUUGAUUGAACCAAUUUUACUAACGAACAGUUUGUUCUUCAAUCUCCGUGCGGUGAAUAAUUUUUCAGCGAUUGAUUUCGCAAGAAAGUACGCAACACAUGAGACAAUUGAUCUACUAGAAUCGUAUACAACACAUGAUUCUCUUCUUUUGGAACAAUUAUUAAGUCUAACGAAUAAUAAUUCACAUGUGACGCCAAUGAUCGCUUUGAUGAAAUAUUAUUUACAAACACGGAAUUGUAAUGAAGUGAUCGAUUAUCAAUUAGUUUUAGCAGUUGUGAAAAACAUAUGUAAAAUGCGAACGGAACAUAUUCUGGUAUUCUUACCGGGAGCGGAUGAAAUUUCAGUAAUGAAUGAUUUGUGCUUGAAUUCCAAUCUUUCAAAAGAAUUUGGAAUUGAAGUUCAUAGAAUUUGGAACUCUUCAUCAUGGCUUUUGAUGAAUAAUAAUAAUAGUUCACGAUUACUGAUUCUCUGUGAUGCAAAUUGUGAAACAGGUGUACCUUUUCGUAAUAUUUGCUGUGUUAUCGACACCGGCAUAACUCUUGAAAAAUGUUAUCAUACGACUACUUCGAAAUUGUUACCGAAAUACAAUUGGAUAAGUCAAACGAGUGCGACUGAGAGAAAACAUCGGGUAAAUGUUAGUGAAGGUGGUGUUUGCUAUCGACUCUAUCCGCAAUCUUUAUUCGAUGAGAAAAUUAAUGAAAACGUCAAUGCUGAAAUGGCUCGUCAACCAUUACUUGAAAAUAUCAUGCAAGCAAAACUAUUCGCUUGGACAAAUUGUUCCGUUGCAGAAUUCAUGUUAAAACUACCAUUUCCGCCACCGUUUGCAGUCGUUCGUGCUGGUAUAUCUCAAUUGAAAAAUCUCGAACUUUUCGACAAAUGGGAAGAUCUCGUCGAUCUCGGAGCUUAUUGCUUAGCUCUGCCAAUAGUUGAAUUACCAUAUGCAAUGAUGAUCGUCUAUGCUCAUCUGUUCAAAUGUCUUCAACCGAUUCUAACCAUCAUUUCCACACUGAUCAUCGGCGAUCCUUUUGAAUCGAUCGCGGAUGUUAAUUGUUUAUUGGAAUUGAAACAACGUUUAGAUUCGAAUCGAAAUUCCGAUCAUUUCGUCUACUAUCGAUUGUAUCAAGAAUGGGAACAAUCGUUGGAUAAGAGACAAUUCUGUUUGGAUUGGAAGGUGAAAUACUUUCGACUGAAACAGAUCGAUCAAUUUCAAAAAUGGUUGAGUAGUUUCUUGAUCAAUAUCAACUUCGCGAAAUUUUUCUAUCCGAAUCAUGACGGAAUUCUCGAUUUGAAUUCUAACGCUUCUUGUUGGCCAUUAAUUCAAGCAAUUCUAGUUCGCUGUUUGCCUCAAAAUUUGAUCACCUACGAUCGAAAAUGGUUUACAAAUCGGAAUGAAUUAGUUCAACUUGACCCAAUCUCGGUAUUAAACAACAUGCAAUUGAAAGAAGAAAGCAUUGUGUUCGCUAUAUGCGAUGAUUUAAUCCGAUCGAACAAGGGUUUAUUCGUAGGGAAAUGCUGUAGCAUGGUUAACCAAGUUGUUCUUUUGUUCUUUGGAACGAUGAAUGAAACAUUAAAAUUGAAUGAAUAUCAAAUGAUUUUAUCAGAUAGGAAUUUCUUUAAAUUAAGAACGAAAUUGAAUGCGUGUGUACGAAGAAAAUUACAAUCACUUGGCUGUAUUGAUGAUACGACAGAUGAUUAUCAUUCAUUUGAUUUAUUAGUCAAAAUCUUUUCAAAUCUCAAGUGA